AUGCAUGGCAUAAAAAGGCGUGAACUAACCCAGGAGCUUUUAAGAAAGAAGAGAGCUAGAGAUGCCGAAAAGAUAACUACCUAUCGGACAUUGACUGAGCGGGUUUUGACCUCCAAAGCACGAGGGUACUAUACACCUGAUGAACUAGAGAUUACAACGAGGUUACUAGAACUCAACCCGGAAUUCAAUGCAGUGUGGAACUAUCGUCGAGAUGCUAUUUUAACUCUAAAGGAACAAUUGCGAAGUGAUUUUUGGGUAAACGAGCUGAAGUUCACUACGCGCCAGCUGCAAGCAUAUCCAAAAGUUUACUGGAUCUGGAAUCACAGACUAUGGUGCCUUAAUGAAUAUCCUGGGUCGCCAAUUGAGAGAUGGCAGUUGGAACUGGCUCUUGUAAACAAGCUGUUGAGCAUGGAUGCUAGAAACUUCCACAGUUGGCAUUACAGAAAGAUAGUGGUCAAGCGCUUGGAGCAGAUGUCGCGCAAAAAUCUAAAUCAGCAAGAGCUUGACUAUACAACAGAAAAAAUCAAUGCCAAUAUUUCCAAUUUCUCGGCUUGGCAUCAAAGAGCGAGCCUACUGCCCAAGAUGUUUGCAAUGGGACAAAUUCCAGACGAAAAGAGCUUUAUAAACCGUGAGCUUCAGUACAUUAUCAAUGCUAUGUUUACAGACGCCGAAGAUCAAUCAGUGUGGUACUACAUCAAAUGGUUUGUGAGAAGCGACUGCAUUGUGAGCAAGUUAAACACAGAAGAAUAUAAGAACUUGCUACAGCAAAUUAAAAACGGAAUCCUUUUGAUAAACGAGGAUGAGAAGGACUUUUCGGGUAAAGAGAAUAUGUGGUGCUUAAAAUUACUUUGCGUCCUUGAGACCAUACAAAUAGCGCAGCUAAAGCUUGACAUAGUUCCAAAGAGAUCUGAGUAUCUUGACAAGCUUAUUAAAUUUGACCCCCUAAGACAAAAUAGAUAUCGCUACCUAGCUCAGAGGCCGUAG